AUGAAAUUAAUACAGAUAAAUAUUGAAAAAUAAAAUAGAUCAAACAAAGAUAUGUUUUUGAUGCUUGCAACCUUGUUUAGUAAUAGAGAGAUCUUUUUCAAAAUAGUUAUACAGAUUAUACAGGCAAUUUCAUCAAGUCAAUAUUAAAAUAGGCUGCUAAUCUUAUAGAUAUUCUAAAAAACAUUAAGAGAUUAUUAUAGUUUUAUCAAAAAGGCAUCAUAUAUAACUGAUCUAGAUAAAUGUUUAUAAAUAAAAAUUAGCUAUUUAAGAUAGCUCUUAUAACAAGAGUAAAAAAUAAAAAUGCGGCUACCUCUACUGUUAUUUAAGAGAUGGAAGAAAGAAAUGUUUAAAAUGAAAGUUGGGAUUAUUUGA